AUGGAGUUUGACAACUGGUUGAUGACUGUUGAGGCGCCCGGAUCACCAAGAGACGGACAGGAUGCACAACUUGAAAACAAGGACUCAAACGACGGAGAUAAUACCAAUCAAGAUGAAGAGCAGAUACCUGGAACUAAGCGACGGCGAUCUCACUCUCCUACUACCCAGCGAUUUGGAGACACGCCCGGUUUAGCACCGCAUGAGCGACAAGGUAUACCGCUCUCACUCCGGCCAUCGCCCAAACGAUCACGCAGCGCAGCAGCAUCAACAGGACGCAAGCGACUAAAGUUUUCGGAUUCAGUCCAAUUCUACGACGACUACAGGAGCAGUGAGCAGUUUCAUCGACCGAGCGAAACGUACGUACGGGGGAGGAACGCGCCGCCUGAAGGAUCGGAGUACAUGGAUACCAGCGGUUCCGGCCUGACGUUUCUCAAGUUCACCGGUAUGAAGAAAGUCGGCGCCAAGUGGGUUGAGCUGAGCGAGGACGAGCUUGCAGGACAGAGCGAAAAAGCAAAAUCAUGGGCGGAAUUGAAAAAACUCGCAGCUGCUGAGCACGCAAUCACACAAACGGAAGAUGCCGUAGCAAUAGAUGAGCUGAACCAGAAUGAACGUGCUCCUAUAGACGCUCGUGCUGCGAGACUUGCGCGAAGAGCUAAGGGAGCUUCGAGCGCUGAGCCAGCGCAAACUAGAAGUCUGAAAAGCAGACGGAGCCGGGAGACAUCACGAAAAGAGAAACAACCACAGCUUGACGGUGCGCCAGAUGGUGUUGAAGAGAUGACAGAUAGCUCAAUCUCUGCCUUAUCAACAACGAGAGCACAUGGCGAUCAUCAUCAAGUUGACGGAAUUCUAGGUCGAGUGGAGAAUAUUGGAGACGACGGUCUGGAGCGAAGAAGUGGCGCUGUUCCAGAAACAGCAACCACAGCGGCGAUGUGCGCCGAUCAAGUGCGAGACGCUGCCAAACCCCACGAUGAGCCCCACAUGGAUACGCAGGUGACUAGUGAGGCAAAAUGCCAGGGCAAUGCAGCUCGACCAAGCACAAAUAGUGUGGAGCCCCAAUCGACUGUCUCUUCCGAAUACGGCUCACCGCAAACCGGGUCAACGGAGAAUACUUCUUUCAAAGCUCACGAUGCAUCUGAAGUCGGCACACAAGGAUUGCUGCCUAAUCUGCUAGGCUUACAGCCGACCUCGACUAAUCAUGAGAGUUCCAAGACGGCAAGCACGGAAAGCCCAAGUCAGCCUUUAGGCGCUCAUGGCGAUGCUUGUGAGGCUUCAAUGCAGAUAAAUGACUUUCCUCGCAAAGAUACAGGAUUGGCUGCUCAAACGAAGCCUGCGCCCUUAGAGGAAAUACUGGCGAUAGAAACUACUGGGCAAGAGCCAUCCGCGGAACAGGAGCAUUUAGUCAAGGAUUUGAACACGCUCCCGUCACCCGAUAAUGAGCCUCAGGAGCAGGGCCAUUACAAUGCGGCUACUGCUAGCGUUGCCAUACCGCAAGACCCUGAUCGCCAUGCUGCAGCCAGAACUUCUACAGAAGAGACGCAGAUCCUAGCAGGGGCGUGA